AAUUAAUAAAUAACUCUAGGCAUCUCCUUCAUUACUUUUAAACUCUAAUCGCCGUCGCUCCGGUCGUGUCUCCCUGUCGGAACCAUUACCGGAUCCUCCUCCUCGUUCCCACGAAGAUCAAUCAAAAAACCCAAAUCGAAAGUUGGACACUUUUUCCGAUUCUGCAAACCAUGCGGUGCAAGAGAUGCAACGGCACCGACUUCCAACGCGACGACUACUACACAGGAAACUCCUUUUGCUGCGGAUGCGGGACGUUGCAAGAGUACGACAACUAGCUGGGCGGCGUAAGAGGACCCCAAGGGCACGUGUUGCUACGCGCUGGUGAGGAGAGAAGGGAAGGGAGGUGUUUUGAGAUUGCUGGUGUUGUGGGAUGUGAUUUGAUUUGAUUUGCAUCAGCUGGGGAGUAUGUGUAAGCGUGUUGUUGAGUAUUUAGGGUUGGAGUUGCAGGAGAUUGAUCUCGUGGGGAUGUUUGUGAAGACGCCGAGGCUGAGUGGUGUUGACGGUAAGAAGAAGGAGAGGGUGAUGAAGCAAGGGGGGUUUCUUAUGAACUCUUCUUUGAAGUGGUUUUUGUCUACAGGGAGGAGACCGAUGCCUUUGGUUGUUGCGGUUUUGGGGCUUGUCUAUGUAUUGUUAUGAUGAUGAUGAUGAUGAUGAAGGUCAAAGGAGCUCGUUUCUUCAGAUGGUAUCGUGUGAAGAUUGGUGGAAAGGGAAGUCGAAGAUGAGUCAGAGACUUACACUCAAGGAAGUGUUGGAGAAAGAUAUAGGGCUUGAUGAUGAUUUGCCUAUUUCUUACGUGAAGGGUUGUGAUGCGGUGGAAAGAAGAAGAAGAAGAGAGAAGAUUAAGGCGGCUAAGUUAAGGAUUGAUGCGAUACAAGAUCCUUGUGAUGAUGGAAGUGAGUUGUCUUUGGAGCUUGGAGAUAGCAAGAGGAAGAAAAGGAAGAGAGGAUGUGAGAUUGAUUGGGAGGAGGAUUUGGUAAUUCAGACUCUGGUCUGUUAUUGUCUUAGUUUCGUUGUGAUCUGCAGGGACAAAGUGCAUUUUGUGAUGCUAAAUGUGGACAACACGAAAUGGGAGCAAGAGCUGGAUGAGUUCGGUGUUGAAGGUAUUCCUCGAUAGGCAAGGGAACGAGGAAGGUAAUGUGGUUUGGAGGCUCCCGUGACAGUAUCUAGUUGAGAAUGUAAAUGCGCUUGCAGCUGAGAAGCAAUCGAUUCCUCGUGCUCGAGCUGUGGGACGACAGUACAGUAGCACCGAAGCCCCUAAGGUUCACCAGGUUACUCAUCCCUUUAGCCAUGGGUAGAGAAAGAUUGAGACAUUAUAAUCAUUAUCAUAUCAUGUUGAUUGAACAUCAUAACCAAAGCAUCUGUCAUCAUGUUGAUACAAGUUGUUUGUAACUCUUAUAGUGCACAACAAUUGAAAAAGUAGCAAUUGUUCCUAUUUGAUCAAUACAACUCUUAACUUAUAAAAACUCUAAUCUA